ACACACUAGCGCUCUGUCACCUUUCGUACAUGCUGGUAGCUAGAGAGAAGCGGCUGAGAGCAGUUCCAGAGAGGUGGAGUGGGUGGACUGCAGCCCCUCUCGCUCUCUUUCUCUCUCUUUGCUUCUGCUUCUGUCUUACUACGACUCCGAAGACCGGUGAUAUCAGGUGGUGUUCCUCCACCUCUGGGCAGGACAGUCGCCUGUUGCAAGCUGGACACGGCCGCCCCGAUCCGCCCGCCACCCCAACACCUCGCUCCGGCCUCCCUUUAGCCCUACAGGUGUGCGGAGAAACCACCAUGGCGCACGCCGCCUCACACAUCAAGAAGGCCCGCGUGGAGAUGGAACAGGUGCAGGUACCCGACCUGAAGGCGCUGGAGAAAGCCCGUGAGAGGAGAAGGCGCUCCCGUGAGCGGGCCGAACGCAGGCGCAAGUCAGACAGCAAUACCAGCUUCCUCCGGGCGGCGAGAGCUGGCAACAUCGAAAAGGUCCUGGAGUACCUUAAAGGUGGAGUCGACAUCAGCACCUGCAAUCAGAAUGGGCUGAAUGCUCUGCACUUGGCCGCAAAGGAAGGACACAUGGAUUUGGUCCAGGAGCUGCUGGAUAGGGGAGCCACAGUGGAUGCUGCAACCAAGAAAGGGAACACAGCCCUCCACAUUGCCUCUUUAGCGGGACAGGGAGAGGUGGUGAAAGUCCUGAUCAAGCGUGGAGCAGACAUCAACGCACAGUCCCAGAAUGGAUUCACUCCCCUGUACAUGGCUGCACAAGAGAACCACCUGGAUGUGGUGCGCUACCUCCUGGAGAAUGGAGGAAACCAGAGCACUGCAACAGAGGAUGGCUUCACUCCUUUGGCCAUCGCUCUGCAGCAGGGCCAUAACCAGGUGGUGUCUAUCCUCCUGGAGAAUGACACCAAGGGCAAAGUGCGCCUGCCAGCACUGCACAUUGCUGCCCGCAAGGACGACACAAAGUCUGCCGCCCUGCUGCUUCAGAAUGACCACAACGCCGACGUUCAGUCCAAGAUGAUGGUCAAUAGGACUACUGAGAAUGGAAAGAGUGGCUUCACACCACUGCACAUUGCGGCACAUUACGGGAACGUGAAUGUGGCGACUCUGCUCCUAAAUCGAGGGGCUGCUGUUGACUUUACUGCGAGGAAUGGCAUCACGCCUCUGCAUGUGGCAUCUAAGAGGGGUAAUACGAACAUGGUUCGUCUGCUGCUGGAUCGAGGGGCACAGAUUGAUGCCAAAACAAGGGAUGGCCUCACACCUCUCCACUGUGCGGCGAGGAGUGGGCACGACACAGCAGUGGAGCUCUUGCUGGAGAGAGGUGCCCCUAUUUUAGCCAGAACCAAGAACGGUCUCUCCCCUCUCCAUAUGGCAGCGCAGGGUGACCACGUCGAGUGUGUCAAACACUUGUUGCAUCACAAGGCCCCUGUGGAUGAUGUUACGCUGGACUACCUGACAGCCCUCCACGUAGCCGCCCACUGCGGCCACUACAGAGUCACCAAGCUUCUGCUGGACAAGAGAGCCAACCCCAACGCUCGUGCCCUGAAUGGCUUCACACCACUUCAUAUUGCCUGUAAGAAGAACAGAGUGAAGGUGAUGGAGCUACUGGUCAAGUACGGGGCUUCCAUCCAGGCUAUUACCGAGUCUGGUCUCACCCCUAUACACGUGGCAGCAUUCAUGGGCCACCUCAACAUAGUUCUCCUGCUGCUGCAGAACGGAGCCUCCCCUGAUGUUAGCAACAUACGUGGAGAGACUGCCUUGCAUAUGGCUGCACGUGCUGGCCAGGUGGAAGUGGUGCGCUGCCUGCUAAGAAACGGAGCCAUGGUGGACGCUAGAGCCAGAGAGGAGCAGACACCUCUCCACAUCGCCUCCCGCCUGGGCAAGACGGAGAUCGUCCAGCUGUUGCUCCAGCACAUGGCUCACCCGGAUGCAGCCACAGGCAGCGGCUACACACCCCUGCACAUCUCGGCCCGCGAGGGCCAGCUGGACGUGGCAUCUGUGCUACUCGAGGCUGGCGCCGCCCACUCCCUGCCCACCAAGAAAGGGUUCACUCCCUUGCAUGUGGCAUCUAAGUACGGAAGCCUCGAUGUGGCCAAACUUCUCCUGCAGCGGCGUGCCCCUCCAGACUCCCUGGGGAAGAAAUACAUAGAGGCUAUGUUGACUGCAAGAGCACCGAAUGGUCUCACACCUCUCCAUGUCGCUGUGCAUUAUGAUAACCAGAAGGUGGCGCUGCUGCUUUUGGACAAAGGGGCAACUCCCCACGCCACAGCCAAGAAUGGAUACACCCCUCUUCACAUAGCGGCGAAGAAGAACCAGAUGGACGUUGCCGGUACCCUGCUGAAGUUCGGGGCGGAGGCCAGUGUCCUGACCAAGCAGGGAGUGACCCCGCUUCAUCUAGCAGCCCAGGAAGGGAACAGUGACAUGGCUGCCCUGCUGCUACAGAAGGGAGCCCACGUCAACACACCCACUAAGAGUGGACUUACUGCUCUGCAUCUUGCUGCCCAAGAAGACAAAGUGGGAGUUGCGGAGAUCUUAGUUAAACAUGGUGCCAACCUGGACCAGCAAACAAAAUUGGGUUAUACGCCGCUAAUCGUCGCUUGUCACUACGGAAAUGCCAAGAUUGUGAACUUCCUUCUGAAGAGCAAUGCCAGUGUCAAUGCCAAAACUAAGAAUGGAUACACACCUCUUCACCAAGCUGCCCAACAGGGAAACACACAUAUUAUCAAUGUCCUGCUGCAAAAUGGAGCUAAACCCAAUGCCACUACUGUGAAUGGAAACACACCUCUUGCUAUAGCCCGUCGCCUUGGUUACAUCUCGGUGGUUGAUACACUGAGAGUGGUCACAGAAGAGAUCAUAACCACUACAACAACGGUGACUGAGAAACACAAGCUCAAUGUGCCAGAGACCAUGACUGAAGUCCUUGACGUGUCAGAUGAGGAAGUGCUCAAGGAGGCUCCUGAUGGCACUAUAUCUGAUGACUCCUUCGAUGAAGGCGAUGACACCAUGACAUGUGAUGGAGGGGAGUACCUGCGAGCAGAAGACCUAAGGGAACUGGGAGAUGACUCCUUGCCUGGCCAGUACUUGGACGGCAUGAAUUACCUCCGCUUCAGCCUGGAAGGACGAUCCGACAGUCGGUUGCAAAGUACGGACAGAUCCUCCCCUCAUCAUGGCUAUUACUCCCCAAAGCAUGAUGAUCCAAUCCGCAGUUACCAGGCAUCAUCUCUUGCUAAUGAGAUGGACUCGUACAGACUGAGCUGGGGAACAGACAACCUGGACAACAUAGCACUGUCCUCCAGCCCCGCCCAUUCCGGCCCUUCCUCUCCAUGCCAUCACCAUGACAACAGCAGCUUCCUCGUCAGCUUCAUGGUAGACGCGCGAGGCGGAGCCAUGCGAGGGUGCCGACACAAUGGCCUACGCAUCAUCAUUCCGCCCAGGAAGUGCAGCGCCCCGACCCGGGUCACCUGUCGCCUAGUGAAGCGCCAUCGUUUGGCCACCAUGCCGCCCAUGGUGGAGGGAGAAGGUUUGGCCAGCAGACUGAUAGAGGUUGGGCCCUCUGGUGCCCAGUUCCUCGGUAAACUCCAUCUCCCCACUGCCCCGCCCCCUCUGAAUGAGGGUGAGAGUUUGGUUAGCCGCAUCCUUCAGCUGGGGCCACCAGGGACCAAAUUCCUGGGACCGGUGAUUGUGGAGAUCCCCCACUUUGCUGCUCUGAGGGGGAAGGAGAGGGAGCUGGUGAUCCUGCGCAGUGAGACAGGAGAAAGUUGGAAGGAGCAUCACUGUGAACACACAGAGGAGGAGCUCAACCAGGUCCUCAAUGGCAUGGAUGAAGACCUGGACACUCCAGAGGAGCUGGAGAGGAAGCGGAUUUGCCGCAUAAUCACUCGGGACUUCCCACAAUACUUUGCAGUGGUGUCACGGAUCAAACAGGACAGUAAUUUGAUUGGCCCAGAGGGUGGGAUCUUGAGCAGCACUGUGGUGCCACAGGUUCAGGCUGUCUUCCCUGAAGGAGCGCUCACAAAACGUAUAAGAGUCGGUUUACAGGCUCAGCCUGUGAACAUGGACAUGGUGAGGAAGAUUUUAGGAAACAAAGCUAUAUUCAGUCCUAUAGUCACGUUGGAGCCUCGUAGGAGGAAGUUCCACAAACCCAUCACCAUGACCAUCCCUGUCCCUAAAAGUUCCACAGACCCCAUACUCAAUGGCUUUGGAGGAGAUACACCAACACUUCGACUUCUGUGCAGCAUCACAGGUGGAACCACGCCAGCUCAGUGGGAGGACAUCACAGGAACCACACCUUUAACUUUUGUUAAUGAAUGUGUGUCAUUUACCACAAACGUGUCUGCCAGAUUCUGGCUGAUAGACUGCCGGCAGGCCCAGGAGUCGGUCAACUUUGCCACACAGGUGUAUCGAGAGAUCAUCUGUGUUCCGUACAUGGCCAAAUUUGUCAUCUUUGCCAAAACGCAUGACCCCAUAGAGGCACGCCUGCGCUGCUUCUGUAUGACUGAUGACAAGAUUGACAAAACCCUGGAACAGCAGGAGAACUUCACAGAAGUGGCUCGCAGUCGAGAUGUGGAGGUGCUAGAAGGAAAACCGAUAUAUGCAGACUGCUUUGGAAACCUAGUCCCUCUCACCAAGAGUGGUCAGCAUCAUCUCUUCAGUUUCUUUGCCUUCAAGGAAAACCGACUUGCCCUCUUUAUAAAGAUCAGAGACAACACUCAGGAGCCUUGUGGUCGGUUGUCAUUCAUGAAAGAACCAAGAUCAUAUAGGAGUUUGGCCCAUAAUGCUAUAUGCAACUUAAAUAUCACUCUGCCACCAUACUCAAAGGAAUCAGAUUCAGACCAAGAGCCUGAUGAGGAGACCAGUCGAACACUUGGCAAAUAUGAUGAAGAUACUGAAACAUCUACAGAGAUCCUGAAAACGCACUUGAUUCGAGACUCUUCAGCCCUUGCAAGCCCAGACUUAUUAUCUGAAGUAUCAGAGAUGAAACAAGAUCUGAUCAAAAUGACUGCUAUUUUGACCACUGAUUCUUCUGCAAAGUCAAGUCCUAUGCAAGGGGGUGAUCUAGAAAAGGGGGUGGAGGAGGUGUCAGGGGAGCCUUUUGAGAUAAUGGAAAAGGUCAAAGAGGAUUUGGAGAAAGUUAGCGAGAUUCUAAGGAGUGGGACAUAUGAGGAUGAGAUGCCUGAGGAGUCAGCAAAAGCAGAACGCCGACCAAAUGAUGAGGAGUGGGUUCUUCUCUCAGACUGUGAAAUCGAGGAGGCCAAAAUGAUGGCAGCAUUUGAGACCCAAGAGCCACUCCUUAAGGAUAUUCGAGGCAGCCGUGGGACACAGAGACAAAAGGGUGUCAGUGGAACCCUUAAAGAUCAUCUGGAUGUGCCUGCAACUUCUGGAACAGCAUCACGGGUGCCUGUGGCCCAGGAAAAAUAUACUGAAGUCGUUUUGCGCCGAGGUGGUAAAAAGAUUAUACCAACUAUUCACAAAGAUACUAAAACGCACUUAAGUGAAGUGAAAAAGCCUGUUCGGAGAAAAGGUCCUCAGGGACACACGGAUGAACUUCAAACAUCCAGCUCAAAAGCAGGUUCUGUGAGUGAAAGCACAGAAAAAACUCAUGGAGAUAAUUCCCUUCUAAGUAUUCCACCACAACAAAAAAAAUCUCCUGUGUCACCAGUAGUUGAGGAAACACCCAUUGGUUCAAUUAAAGAUAAAGUUAAGGCUCUACAGAGGAAAGUGGAGGAGGAGCAAAGGGGUCGAAAGCAGAAUGGAAGUAAACCUUCUCAUGGAUCUUCUGAAAGGAAGUCAUCCCCAGUAAUCAAAGACCAAAAAUCAUCAGGGCCCAAAAAAACACAAGCUCCAUCCAAAUCACCAAAAAAAGAGUCAGAGAGACUAGAAGAAACUAUGUCAGUGAAGGAACUCAUGAAAGCUUUUCAAACGGGACAAGAUCCUUCAAAAAGAAAGUCUGGACUCUUUGAACACAAAGUAGCUUCUGGACCAAAGAGCACAAAAACAGUUGAAAUAAAAGAACCUCUGUCCACACAAUCCUUAUCUGAAACCUCAGCACUUGUGAGUGAAGUGUCACCUGUUGCAGACAUUUCAACAGACACUGAAGACAGUUCUCAUCAACUUAAGUCAAAAGUGCAGGAUAAAAGUAUUUUGUAUGGCUUAGACUCAGAAGAACCUACAGUACAGUCAGAUAUGACCACUUCAGUUCCCUGUGAUCUACCUAAACACAGAGAGUCUCGGCCUUAUAGUUGCCCUGAAAGCAGUGCACAUGAAGACAGCUCUGACAGUUUAAAAAAUGAAGGUCUGGCUGAUUCACCCUGUGCCAGUAUAGGUGAAGGAGAGGUGCACAUGAGCUCAGAGGAAAGUGACAAACAUGAAGGCAUGGCAGAGACUCCAGAAACAAGCCCUGAAAGCCUGUCAUCACCGAAACAGGAAGGUCAAUCUAUACUUGGAAAGAUCUCAAAAGCAGGAACUGAUACAACCAAAGACAAGACAAGUAAACAGUCUGACUCUAUGUGCACUGGUCAAAAGACAUCUGACAAGCUGGAAUCUACAGCAAGUCUACGACAUUUGAGAAAAGCAGAGGAUUAUCCCUCAAAAAGUGAGUCUGUGUGUGCUUCUCGGGGCAAAACUGUUACAUUUGAUGAUGAAAAAGCCUCUGUUGAUAAGGACAUUCUUUUGGCAUCAUCUAAACCAUCUAAAUCACGGAAACUUACAAAAAGGGGUUCCGAAACAAUAGAGAGUUUUUUGAGUGAUGAAGAAUACUCUGAUGGUCAGCCAUCAUCAACCUCUGCUGACACCCUGGCCACAAGAGCAGACUCAAAAAGUCAUAGAAGUUUAGUGCUGCCUCUUAGACAUCAGGAUUCAGAGAGCAUUAGUCCAGUAGCUGAUGACUCCAUAACUAACAAGGACUCUUUAGAGGGUAGUCCUCUUAUGGAUGAUAACUCCUCUCAUAAAUCCCCAGACUCGAUUGAGCCUAGUCCGACUAAAGAAUCUCCUUGCCGUGACUCUCUAGAAGGCAGCCCUGUAGAGCAGAAUGCCACCUUGGCCUUUCCUCCUACAGUAGAACAAGCCAGUGUGACUUCAGGGCACCUGACAUCCUCCAAAGCUCCCGACUUCCCCCCAGAAAAUUUGCGCAGUAGACUCCUCAGAGACCAGGAAGGUAGUGCCGACGAUGACAGUUGCGAGCAGACAUCUCAGCUGACGAGUUCGGGUAAGAGUCCUCUUUCCCCUGACACCCCAAGUUCUGAAGAGGUAAGUUAUGAGGUCAAUCCUAAAACCCCAGAUCCUUUGGUCCAGUCCAUGUCCUUAAAGGCAUCAGUCAUACCUGAGGAUGCAGAGGAAGAUGAUGAGCCGGAGAGUGGCUUGACCCAGAGGAAAUACACCCCAGAGGAAGAGAUGUUUAAAAUGGCUGCCAAAAUAAAAACAUUUGAUGAGAUGGAGCAAGAUGCAAAAGGCAGAAAGGACAAUAAAGAUAUCUGGUCCUCUCAGACCAUGAUUGUGUCUGAAGCAGGACAGGAAAGCAUGAAACUGAUUGGGCUUGCAUCCAAAGAUGAAACAUCCUCAGUGGAUGGCCAUGGGCCCACUGAGUCCAAACACACAGGGUCAGAGGUAGCACAAUCUGUUGAACCUACUAUUAAAGUACAACCUCCCUCUCCUUUUCCAGCAGGUGUGCAUGACAGCUCUCAAACAGCUGAGGACAUUCAUCAAACCAUGGCCCACACUGCAGCAUCUACAGCUGAAUCAGCAUUGGAGGGACCUCAGUCUGUCUCAGAAAAACAUAACACAAAAGCCCAUCAGAUCCCUGAAGAGCUACAUAAAGAAACGGGAUCUCUUAGUACAAAAGAGUUAGAACAAACGUACAAAAUGUCUUCCAGCAAUAAAGGGGCAGCAAAUGUAACUGAUGAACAAAAAGAGGAAAGCCUGAGAAAGUUGAGUGGAAGCAAAAAUGUUGACAGGGGUGGGAAGCAGGAAGAUUCAUCAGGUGGUGAACAAGAUAGCAGAUCUCAUAGUCAAACAGAAUGUAAUAUAACAGAUGAGGUUAAAGGUGAUCACAUGAGACAUGCAGGGACAUCUGAUAUAGUUUUAAGCAAGGGAUGCUUACAGUCAGAAGCUAAUUCUGUGCCUGUUAUCUUGGGACAAGUAAGGGAAACAUUUAAACCAGAAAUAUGUAUUUAUGAUGACACUGAAGAGGAUGAUGAAGAGGAGGAACCUCCUAAAACAAAGUCUAGAGGGGUAACUGCAAGGGCAGAGGCAGAUACUUGGAAUGCUAUGAGGGAAGAUGAUGAUGCCUUUGAAGCAAGAGUAAAAGAAGAAGAGCAAAAGAUUUUGGGUCUGAUGGUUGAUCGACAGUCACAAGGGGCCUCUCCUGACACCACUCCUGGACGAACACCCACUGAGGAAGGCACACCAACAAAUGAACAAAACCCAUUCCUUUUCCAAGAGGGUAAAUUAUUUGAGAUGACUAGAAGUGGUGCAAUAGAUAUGACCAAAAGGGGCUAUGAGGAAGAAAGUUUUGCUUUUUUUCAAAUAGGAGAACAGCUAAUUGAAGAGGCAGUUGUAGAGGACAUUAGGGAAGAACCUAGUGGAGACCUCACUGGGGAAGAGGCAGAGGUUGGUGUUGAUUUAACCUUGCAGAUUAAAUCAGAAGAAGCUGAUCAAUGUUUACACGAGGCUGUAGAUGUAUAUGUGUUCUCACCACCUGAGGAUGAUCAAUCAGGAAUAGCAGCUAAGUCAGAUGCCUCAAAGUCUAGAAUACCCAUAAAAAUGGGAGUUUCUGCCUCAUCCAAAACCACAAAUACAAAUCAAGUGGAAAAAGAAGUGGUAGAAAUUAAAACAAACAUAGUAGCUGAAGAUAGCUUUUUGGGGAAUGAUCUAUGCUCUUCCGACACUGUCAUAACUGAUGUUCAGACAGCAGUGUCCACAGUUACUAGAUCAGUCUAUUCCCAACAGGACCAAGAGUCCUCAGAUUCCUCUCCUGAGGAUCAGUAUUCUGUAAUAAAAUUACCUCAAAUCCCUGAAAAGACUUCCCCAGCAUCUGAAGGGGUAUCAAAAUCAAAAACCAAGUUGGUUUCUAAAGGUCCCGCUGCCCCUACGCAGAAAAAGUCAUCUUCCUCUAAAGAGGAGGAGAAGCAAAAAUCAAGAAUACCUGUAAAAGCUUCUUCUAUCAAAUCUGAAACAGGACAUGCUGCAUCUAUGAAACGGGCUGAAUCUCUUAAGGACAAAAAGUCUAAGAUGUCUGUAAAAUAUGAAACAAGAAGAAAAUCUGAGACAGACACAGGUCCCUCUAUAAGCUCCAGAGUGACAAGGUCUAUCAAAGCCAGGAGCUACUGUGAAACUGAUUCUACCAAGAAGCCAGCUAAAAAGGACCAGAGUCGUCCAGCGAGUACUGACUUGUCCAGCAAAUCUAAGACAGUACCAUCAAGGCUACCUGUCAGGGGAAAGUCUGGUCAACCAUCUCAUACUUCUACACCAGCCAAAAAAGAGCAGCCCACUGAGAGACGCAAGAACUCUGUUGAUUUUUUUGAGGAGAUUAGUGAUGAGGCAGCUAAACUAGUGGAGAGGUUGGCUCAAGCAGAGAGAGAGAAAGAGGAGGCAGCUGCCAUGUCGGAUGAUGAAAGCAGCACCAUAGAUGUCUCAGUAAUAGAGAGUGAGCCUUUCCCUGACAUGCAGAUGCCUCUUCCUGAGGACCCAUUGGUCAUUAGGCCUCGAUGGGAUGAUCCUGUUGAGACCCAGAUGGAAAGAAUCCCUGCUGAUAAAGCGCAAGUCCGAAGUCAAGUGGCCCUACAGGAUGAGGCUGAUAGGAAAGAGAGUCGAUUGGCAGUCAUAGCUGACCACCUUGGUUUCAGCUGGACAGAGCUUGCUCGUGAACUUGAAUUUGAUGAAGAGCAGAUUAAUCAGAUAAGGGCAGAAAAUCCAAACUCUCUACAGGACCAAAGUCAUGCGCUUAUAAGCCUAUGGACAGAAAGAGAGGGAACAAAUGCUACAGAGAGCACUUUGAUCGCAAAACUCACAAAGAUUAAUCGUAUGGAUAUUGUACAUCUGAUUGAAACAAAGAUCAUCCAGUCCAUUCAGGAUCAGUCAUCACAUACCUAUGCAGAAAUUGAACAGACCAUAUCAUUGGAUCACAGUGAAGGUUUUUCAGCUCUUCAUGAAGACAUGGACAGUCCUAGGUCAGGCAGGCAUACAGAGAUAAGGCCAGAAUCUUGUCAGCAACCUCCAAUGGUAUCUGUGGAGGAUCUUUCUUCUAGUAUGUCUUCCCUCAAUGAUACCCAGAAAGAGAAAAUGCAGACAGACAUAGCUAAAAGUCCACAGAUGUUUGGAGGCUCAGCACAGUCUGGUUUUGAGAUGAUUGGUCUGAAGCAACAUUUCCCAGGCGCUAUCAAACAAGGGGACGAGAUGCCUGAGAUUCCCUCUCAAGCAGUGACUGAGGAGCAAUAUGUGGAUGAGCAUGGAAACCUGGUGGUCAAAAAGAUCACAAGAAAGAUAAUCCGCAAGUAUGUAUCGGCGGAUGGAGUAGAGCAAGUGGACCUAAUGGUAGAGGGAGGUCAGCAAGAAGCUAUCGCUGUGGAUGACACCGAUGGUUUCUCCAAAGUGGUGAAAAGGACUGUGGUAAAAAGUGGGGGAGGUCAGACCAAGGUGACGUUUUCGGAACAAUUACCCGCUGGUGGGGCAACAGCCUCUAAAUUUGAAGUAGAGCCUGUCCAAGGUCGGAAAGUCAGCAAGGUCAUCAAAACCAUGGUGGUGCAGGGGGAACGGAUGGAAAAGCACAUCGGUGAUCCAUCGCUGUCAGCAGAUCUCCCCUCAGCAAAAGACGACUUUGAAAAGGCUUUGAGUUAUGCAGGAGACUUUGAGAAAGUUAUCUUGCCUCAUUUAGUGGAGAAAGAGAUCGUGACGGAGGACGGAUCUGUGGUCAGAAGGAUCCGCAUGCAUAAGACAUGUACUCAGAAGAAGACAGUGGUGAGGGAUGGCCAGGGCAAACACAUGCACUUGGAGCAACUGGAAGACACAGCGGAGGCCCUGCGCCCUGAUGACCUCCAGCAGCACCUGCACCAACUGCUCCAGCGCUACUGCACCCCGGAUGUGACCAACAAGCCGGAAACGGGAGAGGCGGAGGGGGGGGGGGACAGAAGAGGAAAAGCAGGACGAGAAUAACCCAUUUUCCACAGCCUAGUCAAAGUGUGCUUUUCACAUAUACUCGCUGUGCGGCAAGCAUCCUCAAAACCAUGGCAGAAUAUCAGAUUAUGAGCCACAUGCUCAUCACUCUGUUCCUUCACUACCACCAUGACAGACCCCUUCCCUGUUUCAGGGCCCCAUCUUAGAUUUCAUCUUAUUUUCUCCAUUACAAUAAAGCACUUUGUAAUGGAUUGUAAGUUUAAAUUUCUCUUCUUUGGAUAUUGGUCCCAAGUUCUGCUCUUAUUUUCUGUUUGUGACCAAAGACAGUUUUAUUUUCCCAGUGAUAUUUCUUGUUUAAUUAUUUUGACUGUUGUAGUAGAAAAUAUGAACAUUAUCCUAAAUAUGUUACAAAAGGGUCAUCUUGGACAUUAACCUCUUUCUGCAAGAUAGCUGAUAACAUAGGACAUGUAAAUAUGAAAUAAAAUGUAUUCAAUUGAAAAUGAAGGGGAAAACUGCAGCAUGUACCUGCUGAACAUUUGCACCAACACACUACUUCAAUUAAGCAUAUUACCAAUCAUUUACUCAAAUUCUGUCCAGAUGCUUUCGAUAGAUAACCGAUUCUUUAAUAUCUGUUACUAGGGCAUGUUUGCCAGAUACCACAAAGGCAGGUAUAAGUUGGGACAGUAUUGAGGUUGUGUAGAAAUGGAAUGAGUGCUAUUGUGCAGUUCUCCAUAAUACCAGAAUGAGCUUGAAUAAUUGGUAUUCAGUAUAAAUGUGAAAUCACUGUCACCAGUCUGCUGCCAUGGUUUAUUGAAUACUAGAUUUUGACAUGCUUGCCUUUAAUGUGCAUUUAGAAAGUCAUAUUGAAUGAAAGCUUGGCAAACUGUUCCCCACUCAUGCGCUUUGUUUUUCUGUUGGUCCGUCCACAUAUUUUCAUGAGGCCACAACAGCUUUGCACGGUGGACUUGGUCUGCCCUAACUAUGUAUAGUGUGUGUAUUUCCUCACUAUGUUAACCUCCAGUCACAACAAUGCUACCCCCUUGUAUGUGUAAGUGAAAGUAGCAAUCAUGAAAGUUUUGUUCAUUUAAUCUAUAUUUCUUUGUACAUUGUCCAGUUCUUAAGCAUUCACAAUUGUUUAAAGGGUGGAUGUUGUUAAUGGGUGAGUUUCCAUUUGUGACUCUCAAAAAAGACUCUUUCUGUGCUUGUGAUCUUGAGUCUAAUUGUUUCCCAUAUUAGUGGCACACGUACAGUAAUGAGGGUUUCAGAACACUGUGAACAAAGCUCAUCAGAUGUAUGAGGAACGCAAAGAGAAUGUGGAUUUGGAUUUGAUUUGAUUUGUUUUUAUUUCUGAUAUUUCAAAUGGUGUAAAAUAAAAGAAAGUGGUAAUCUCACAUUGAUGCCAUUUUCCUAAGUAUUGUUUCCCCCCUCUAGUCCAUUACUAAUAUAAACAAAAAGGGCCAUUCAAGACGUGAAAAGUAAAAAGUGAAUUUUUGCAAAGGUCUGAAAUAUAUUAUUGCUUUGAUAUAUUACUAACAGGAAUAGACGUUGGGACUAGAAUAUAAAUAAAAACAAUUAUAAGGAUGCAACAAUCUUUUAUGGUUUCAUAUUUUUGCUUCCCUUACUUUCACAGCAUCAUGGCUAUUUACCUUUUUAAAAUAGCAUACUGUACAAUCUUUUGAUUGAAAUUUUUAAUUACAUGACUAUAGUGGCAGUGGCACUUGCAUGAUGAAUACCAAAUAUGAGAAAAGAACUGUAUCUUAAAAUCAACCUGUAGAUUAAAAAUGCUUUUCAGCUAACAUGAACUUUCAAAAUGUACUUUAAUUUACUUAAUUAUGCAUAGAACUGUGCAAAUGCACAGUAACUGCAAAUUUAAUGUAAACUUGAACGAUAUUUUGCAGUGUUCAAUAAAAUGUUCUUUCUAGGCAAACAAGCAACACAUAACCCAGACAAAUGUUGUUUGUUCAGUUUACCAUGACACAGACAAAUACUACUAGAAGUGAAAAGGGAAGAGAGACCUCUUUCUACGUGGUCGGUAAAUUACAGAUCUAUUCCAAACAUCAAUUUAUUCCUACUCUUUGUUUAUUUGGUCUUGCCCAUAGAGAAUGUGUGUAUGUGUGGAUGUUCUCAGUGGUUUUCUUAAUGCAAGUAGCAAGUUGUCUUUUUACAAUAAACAAGUAGCAUGAGCACUGCAAAGCUGUUCUUGAAAUGUAUUACCAUCUUAAAAAGAAAAAUAAUGGAAUCCAGAGAGUAUAAACAGUCACUUAUCUGUUCCCGAUUCAUGGCAAAUGCAGUCCAGGACUGAUGCUGUUUGGUAUUGUUCGUCAUAAUGCAUCCUUGUAAUCAAAAAUGAAAUUCAAAUUUCCUGAAUACACAUCUUGUUUCCAUGUUGGUGAUUACGUACAUAUGGCCAUCUAUAAGGGCAUGUAUUAAUGACUAAGUGAAUAUCAAAAACCAGCAGCUGCAGUGUAUAAAUUACAUAAUAAAUUGGACAUGUAGUUCA